ACAAAGCUUCGUGGACCAUCAUUUCGUUGCGAGCCACAGGCAGAUGGAACUUUGCUUCUUCACUACUACUCAAAAAGAAGUGGCCUCUACCCUAUUGUUAAAGGUUUGCAAAAAAUAUCUUGCCGAAUUCCUUCAGAAUUCAGAUUCACUGAAGAAAACUUAGGUGUGGUCCGUGAAGUGGCACGGCGUAUUUACGACACCGAGGUCAUCAUGAAAGUGCAAGAGAGGAAGCAAGAACAUUUAGAUGCAUUCGUGACGGAGCAUGUUGUAUUUGUCAUCAGCCAAGUUGAGACUGCAGGUGGUCAUCCGACAAAAGCAAUAUCUAGCAAAGUGGAACAGCUUGAGUCGAACACGCGUGAGCCAGCUUCUCAAAGCGCUACUCGACGGAAUACCGAUCCAGUCAUGGAAAAGAUGAUCGUAGCGCUCUCCGAAAAAAUUCCGAACGAGGCAAUCGAAUACGUGGAAGGCUGA